AUGGAGUUAGAGCAGCUGAAGAGGCUGCGUCAGGCCAACAGGGAUCUUCUGCAGAGGCUCAGAACGAAGCAGGAGGAGAUCAGAAAAAGACUUCCCAGCAAGCCACUCUGUCCAGCAUCUCUGCACAACAGAACUGCUCCUGAAAGAUCCGUCCCCUUGCCCAAGAGUGGGAAGGAAAAUCAGGUCGAUGCUGUGAAGUCCACAGCUGACCCUGCAGUGUUGGUGUCUGUGAAACCCAGAGCUUACACUGCCAGAGCAGACCUCCAUUCAGCUCUUAAAGACAGCAGCGAUGACAGGGGACUACAGCAACAACCAGAGAAGAUGCAGGAAGCACCUGGUUUGGAUUCCAGCUUUCCUGGGCAAGAGAAGAAUGUUUUGCCAGUGUCCACAAUCAUUACGUGUGGCAGAGGAACCUCUGGAGUGGAUAGGGAUGGCCGUGCUCAAGGAAGCCCAGAGAGAGAACCCUUUCUUCUGGGGCACAAAGAGGACAGAAAACAGUCUGCUCCACUACAUGGUUUCCAUGAGAAAAAGCAGCUUGAGGGUCAUGUGGACCCAGCACUGAGCAGAAUGCAAAGUGAAGAGUCCAGCAAGCAGCAUGUGGUGGCUGGGGAACCCAAAGUCCCUAAAUCAAUCUUGCUGACAUCUCGGUCCAAAGAGUUGAAGAAGAGAGCUGGCCAUGUCACCUUCCAGCCUGACCCUGGAGCCUGUGCCACACCCACGGGCAGCUGGUCCCCACGGCCUCUCCUGGGCUAUGACUGGAUUGCAGGGCUCCUAGAUACAAACUCCUCAGUAGCAGAGAAGUCAGAGCAGUACUUUGCUGAGCUGCAGGAGUUCCGCCAGGCCAACAAAGAGGCGUGUGUCCAUGGCCAGGACCUGGGGCCCAAGGCUCUGGAUUACACAGUGCCUGAAGAAGAACCAGAUUUGAUAACCAGUUCCCAUAAGUGUGUUUACUGCUACCGACUAAACCGCCGCCUCUUCCCCGUCCCCGUGGAGUCAGAAGCUGCCUGCCCCAUCUGCAAGGUCCCGCGUGCUCAGCGGCCCCCUGGGACACUGGAGGAGCCAGCCUGUGUCAGGGUCAGCUUUCCCAGCUCUGCCCUUCUGCCUGCCUACAAAUACAAAGCCCAUCGUAGGAAGAGCCUUGAACAGACAGACAACCUGGCGCUGCCUUCGCAUUGCCUGGCUGGCUGGGAAAAUACCAUCCCUUCCAGCAACCCCACGCAGGGCAGCCUGGAUUUACGAGCUUCACUGGAAAAGAAGCCUCCUCACCACCCUCCUCUGGUAAGAGCAGCCUGA